AUGUUAUCUAGUGUAUAUUUCCGUCAGGCUAGCCACCGUUUUAUCAUUAUUUCGACUCGAGCGACUCUAUCUACAUCAUCUUAUUCAAAACCUACGGAAAUACCAACAACACUACAAAAUCAAACAAAUAAACUUGAUGUUGAUCAUAGAAAAUCUAUUUCUCCUAAUGAUAUUUUAGAAGCUAAACGAUUAGAAAGAAAUCCUACUAAUGCUAACUUCUCUCAAGAUAUAAAAGUAUCAAGUACAUUUGUUCUACCUGGCAUACAGGUUACUGGUAAUGCACCACCCUUAGCAAGUGAAACACAACAUACAACAAAAGAAGAAGACAAUCAACAACAACAACAACAACAUGAAACAAUACCAUCAACACGUUUUUCUGCUUUUCUACGUAGUAUUCGUUCAGGUUUACCAUUUUUUCCAUCGAAGAAAAAUAAAGGAUCUUCAAUGGAUAUUGCGACAACACGUGAACAUUUUAUUCCGUUGACACGUCCUUCUUUAAUACGUUUAAUAUCCAGUGACAACCAAUUACUAGCCAAUGAUGAAGAUCGUCUUUUAUUUCAUCAACUAUGUGAAGGUUUCGAUAGUGCUGUUGUACAACGAUAUCAUCCAAUAUUAACUGAAUUAAAAAAUUUAUUCAGUCCACUGAAUCCUGAUAACGAAACACCUGAUCAUCAUCAUGUAUCAGAACGAGAUCGUUUAGAUAAUGAAUAUUGGUUAUUACAAAAAAUCAAUGAUUUACUUCAACGAUCAAAUUUUACUGAAUUACCAAGAAGUAUUCUUUUAGAAAAAUUUAUUAUACAAAAAAAUGCAUCUUCAUCCAAUGUCAAUGUGAAAAUCAAUGGUUACGAUUAUGAAGUACUAAAAUUUUGGAUACUUGGCCGUGAACAAAUUCCAAGUGAACAACUUUCACUAUGGAAAAGAUUAUUUCGAAAGUCAACUUCAGUGACAUCAAGUGAUUAUUUUAAACGUAUUAUUUUAGCUGUACGCCUCAAAGGACAAGAUCGUUUAUAUCUGAAAGCUUUUCGUGAUAUACCAUUACAAAGUCUUCCACAAUUAUUACCUAUUGGUAAAUUACAAAUAGGUCAAUAUGAACAACGGCUUAUUUGGUCGACGUUUUUUAUUGGUACAAGUACGGCGGUUACACAUUUAAUUACAACAAUGGCUGAUUUUCAUGUGCCGGGUUUAGUUGUGGGCGGUAGCAGUUUAACAUUAUUACUUGCAUUGUGGUCAUUAAGAAGUUCUCAUCGAUCAAAAAUAAAUUAUCUAUCAAGCAUGAAUCGAUUAUUGUUUUAUAAAAAUAUUGCGUCAAAUAAACAAUUAUUAGCAAUGAUUAUUGAUCGAGCAGAAGAUGAAUUGAGUAAAGAUAUUCUAAUUGCUUAUAUGAUCAUCUUAUGGCGACAAAAACAAAAUGCUAAUUUAACGCCAAAAAUUCUUGAAUUAGAAAUCGAAAAUUGGAUUCGUAUGAAAACAAAUACAAAUGUCAACUUUAAAUGCGAUCAAUCUAUUGAAUUUCUUCGUAAAUUAGGCAUUGUUCUACCUAACGAUCCGUCACAGCCCGAUCGUUUACAAGUAAUUCCAUUGAAACAAGUUGUUGGUAUACUACCGAAAAUAUCGCGAACAUUAAGUGAGAAAAAUGAAGAAUGGGAUUUAAUUGAAGGAUACGAUAAAAAAUAUUUUGAACUCGAUUGGAAAACAGUUCUUAAUGAAGACAAACUUCUUCGAAAAGGUGGAUGGCAUUAA